AUGGAGGUUGGGGAAGACCUCUGCUUUCCACAGUUAACCAACACCUCUUGCAGGAAGCCUGAAUCUACCUGGACUGAAGUGGUGUUUCUUCAGAUAAUGCUAUCUUCCAUUUCUCUGCUAACAGCAGCUCUCAACCUGUUUGUCAUCAUCUCAGUCUCCCAUUUCAAGCAGCUUCACACACCCACUAAUACCAUUCUCCUCUCACUGGCUGUGUCAGACUUUCUCUUGGGUCUCCUAUUGAUGCCUGCAGAAAUCAUCCGAAACACCGGCUGCUGGUUUCUAGAUGAUCUCAUGUGUUCUUUGUAUAACUCACUCUCUUUUGUCAUCACCUCUGCUUCAGUUGGAGAUAUGGUUCUUAUAUCAGUCGACCGUUAUGUGGCAAUUUGUGAUCCUCUGCAUUAUCCAACCAGAGUCACAGAGAGAAAAGUUAAAAUUGGUGUCUGUCUAUGUUGGCUUUUUUCUGUUGUCUAUGGCUGUCUUGUAGUAAAAGAGGACUUUAUAAAGCCUGGCAGGCAUAAAUUUUGUGUGGGAGAAUGUAUAAUUACUGUUGACUUCAUUGCAGGAACCGUUGACUUGAUUGUAAGUUUUGUCAUUCCAGUUACCAUCAUCAUAGUCCUGUACAUGAGAGUAUUUGUGGUAGCUGUGUCUCAGGCUCGUGCCAUGCGCUCUCACAUUACAGCCCUUUCAGUUACAACAGCAGCAAAGAAAUCUGAACUGAAAGCAGCCAGGACUCUUGGUGUUCUUGUACUGGUUUUUUUGUUGUGUUUCUGUCCAUAUUACUGCUUCUCUCUUGCAGGAGAAGACGCGUUCAGUAGUACCACUAUUUUUGCUGUGUAUUAUCUGUUCUAUUUGAACUCCUGUGUAAACCCUGUGAUUUAUGCUCUGUUCUACCCUUGGUUCAGAAAAACUGUAAAACUCAUUGUUACUUUUCAGAUACUGAAGUCUGGCUCCUGUGAGUCAAAAAUACUGUAGAAAAAAACAUUCUAACUUGACAAAA